GCGCUGAACGUCUGCUGUCCCUCUCCAGCCGAUCUGCCUUUCGACAUCUCGCCUGCUUGCCAUCUGGCCUAGACUGCGCAGCGAUGGAGGAUGGCCACAGUGCGGAUAUGCAUAUGCGGCGACGAAUCCGUGGGCAAAAGCUCCCUCCUCACGUCUCUCGUCAAGGACACCUUUGUCACGUCUAAAAUCCAAUCCAUCCUGCCCCCCAUCACGAUCCCGCCUUCCUUGGGAACCCCGGAAAAUGUCACGACCACCAUUGUUGAUACUUCGGCCCUGCCGCAAGAGCGCGACAACCUACGGAAAGAGGUGCGAAAGGCCAAUGUGAUUCUGCUCGUGUACAGCGACCACUACAGCUAUGAACGCGUCGCGCUCUUCUGGAUGCCCUUCUUCCGCUCCCUCGGUGUGAACGUCCCCGUUGUGCUGUGCGCCAACAAGAGCGACCUUGGCCCGAAUGGGGCCAGCACAGCGCAGAUUGUCUCCGACGAGAUGCUGCCCGUCAUGGCCGAGUUCAAGGAAAUCGAUUCCUGCAUUCGAACAAGCGCGCGGGAACACCACAACAUCAACGAGGUCUUCUUCCUCUGUCAAAAGGCCGUUACGCACCCCGUCGCGCCAAUAUACGACUCGAAAGAGGGUAACUUGAAGCCGGCUGCAAUCGCCGCGUUGAGGCGCGUCUUUUACCUCUGCGACAAAGACCAGGACGGCACUCUGAGUGAUCGUGAGGUGCACGAAUUCCAGCUCAAAUGCUUCGACAAGCAGCUCUCGGAUGAGGAUCUCGCCAGCAUCAAACGAACUAUCCGAAGAUCAUCAUCCUCAAACACGCUGGAACCUCAUAAUGGCAUCGACAUGGACGGUUUCCUGUUUUUGAACAAGCUGUUUGCCGAAAAGGGCCGGCACGAGACCAUCUGGAUCAUCUUGCGCAAAUUCCACUACUCUGACAGCCUCUCGCUGAAGGAUCACUUCUUGCACCCCAAGCUCGAAAUUCCCGCCUUUGCAUCUGCCGAACUCAGCCCAGCCGGCUACCGAUUCUUCGUGGAUCUCUUCUUGUUGCACGACAAGGACAACGAUGGUGGUCUGAACGAUGCAGAGCUGGCCGCGCUGUUUGCACCAACCCCAGGCCUGCCGACUUCGUGGGUGGAUUCCGACUUUCCAAGCUGCACCGUGCGGAAUGAGGCUGGGUACAUUACUCUGCAGGGCUGGCUGGCUCAAUGGAGUAUGACGACUUUUGAAGACCCAAAGACCACUCUGGAAUACCUUGCCUAUCUCGGCUUCGAGUCUCCAGACGGCAAGGGGACGACGUCGGCGUUGAAAAUGACAAAGGCGAGGAAGCGCCGGAAUCGACCGGGUCGAGUGGAGAGAAACGUCUUCCUGUGCUAUGUGCUCGGAGCGGCUGGUAGCGGUAAAUCAGCCCUGUUGAACUCGUUCCUUAGCAGGCCUUUCAGCUCGUCCUAUCAGCCCACGAUCCGGCCUCGUGUAGCGGUCAACAGCGUGGAGUUGCAGGGCGGCAAGCAAUGCUAUCUGAUUGUCGAAGAGUUGGGCGAGCUCGAACCGGCGAUCCUGGAGAACCAAAGCAAACUCGAUGCUUGUGAUCUGGUGUGCUUCGCCUACGACUCCAGCGAUCCCGAAUCGUUUGCCCAUGUGGUCGAUCUCCGCCAACGGUAUCCGGCCCUGCACGCCCUGCCUUCCGUCUUCACGGCGCUGAAGGCAGACAAAGAUCGAGCGGUCCAGCGAAGCGAGGUGCAGCCUGACGUGUAUUGCGAGAGCCUGAAGAUGGCCAAGCCGUUACACGUCUCUGUCAAGUGGACGUCCAUUUCGGAAUUCUUCGUGCAGUUGGCCGAGGCGGCUACAUUCCCCUCCCAGGCCUUUCCGAAGAGCGAAGAGCCCGUCGACCGUACGGCAGUCUACAUUGCACUUGGGGCGACGAUCUGUGCCGGCGUUGCAUUUGCGUGGGUGUGGAAGAGGAACAUGAGUUCUGGGGGAUGAAGCGUGCAUUGGGCAUAACUUGCGACGGCGUAUAGCGUUUUACUGCGUGAAGAGAGAAAGAGAUACCCCCCUCAGAAUGGACGGAGUACUGUGGAAGAUUGUAAGGGAUGAUUUGUGCCCCAAAUCCCGCGGCAGUCGUCGAUACCGGCAACGGCCGAGCUUCGCCCUGCGCGGCAUGAUUUGUUCUGUUUAUACAAGAGACGCUGCCUCGUUGACUUGACUGCUACGGCUCUGGAGAGUGAGUGGAUGCAGGCCGGUAAGAGUUGGGUGCCUCAGGUUUCUAGUCGAUCUUGCCAAGCCUUAACGAACCUUACCUAACCC